AUAGAAAGUUAUUAAAUUAAAAAUCAAAUACAAGUAGGUAUACAACUUUAACAUGACGGAACCAGAAUUAGUGGAGGAUUUCUUCGGAGUCUACUUGUUAUAUUGUACGAAUCCUAAAUAUAAAGGCCGAACAUAUGUUGGUUAUACUCGGGACCCAAAUAGGAGAAUAAUGCAGCAUAAUAAAGGCAUAUGGGCUGGAGGAGCACAUCGAACUAAUAAUAAGGGACCCUGUAUUUAUGCCGAUAAAAAAUAUUUCAGGAAGAUGGUGGUCAUAGUGCAUGGAUUUCCAAAUAAUAUUUCUGCUCUAAGGUUUGAAUGGGCCUGGCAAAACCCAACAAAGACAAUAAGACUGCAACAUCUAAACUUAAAGAAGAUCCCAAGAAAAGAGUCUGAAUUUAAAUUCAAAUUAAGAAUUUUGAGUGAGAUGUUACGAGUGGGCCCAUGGUGUAGACUGCCUCUGAUCAUCAGAUGGUUGGAACCUGAGUAUCGGGAGGAAUUUCCUCCCGAAAGAAUACCACCGCAACACAUGUCAAUCUGCGAAGGACCUGUAAAAAGUAGAAACUUAAAAACCAAAGAUAUAAACCCCAUACCACCCGAUGAAGAAUGUCUUCUAUGCUCCGCUUACAUCACCAAUGGUCAGACAAAGAUCACCUGUUUGAAUCCCAACUGUGAACUUCUGUGUCAUAUAACUUGCUUAGCAGAACUAUUUUUGGUACCAGGAGAGUAUGUGCCAGUAGAAGGUACUUGUCCCUUCUGUGAUUUAAAGGUAAAAUGGGGUGAUUUGAUCAGGAAAAUGAAAGGGUGCGCUUAUACCACUGAUGUUGAAGAAUACAGCGAUGAAGAGGUACAAGAUAUAGCUUUUGCUGAAGAUCCAUCGUGGAUGCAAGAUUGUAAUUAUGAUUUAUGAUAAUGUU